GUUAGUGGCAGCGUGGUCCUUGGCUGGGGGCGGCUCGUGUGCGGAGUCUGCAGCCGAGGUGCGGAGCCGGAAAGGAGGGGGUGCCGCAGAGGUGCUGUGAGGAAAGGGUGGUGCGGCGGAGGCUUUUUUCUCCUCGUUUGUCUUUUGAACUCUAAGCAAGAUGUCCUCUAAUGAGAAUACCAAUACAGCAGCUCGCUUGAACAGAUUCAAAAACAAAGGAAAAGAUACUACAGAAAUGAGAAGGCGGCGUAUUGAAGUCAAUGUAGAAUUGAGGAAAGCUAAAAAAGAUGACCAGAUGCUUAAAAGAAGAAAUGUUAGCACUUUUCCAGACGAGGCCACUUCUCCCCUUCAGGAAAAUAGGAGCAAUCAGGUUUCUGCACACUGGUCUGUUGAAGAAAUAGUCAAAGGAGUUAAUAGCAAUAAUAUGGAGCUUCAGUUGCAGGCUACUCAAGCUGCCAGGAAACUCCUUUCAAGAGAGAAGCAGCCCCCCAUAGACAACAUAAUUCAGGCUGGUUUGAUUCCAAAAUUUGUCUCCUUCUUGAGUAGAGCAGACUGUAGUCCUAUUCAGUUUGAAUCUGCCUGGGCACUUACCAACAUUGCUUCUGGCACAUCAGAGCAAACCAAGGCGGUAGUGGAUGGUGGGGCUAUCCCAGCCUUUAUUUCACUUCUGGCCUCUCCUCACAUUCACAUCAGUGAACAAGCUGUGUGGGCGUUAGGAAAUAUUGCAGGGGAUGGUUCUAUCUACAGGGAUCUAGUUAUUAAAUUUGGUGCGAUUGAGCCACUGCUAACUCUCCUAGCUGUUCCUGAUCUCUCCUCUCUGGCUUCUGGAUAUUUACGCAAUGUUACCUGGACCCUCUCAAACUUGUGUCGUAACAAGAAUCCUGCACCACCCUUGGAAGCUAUUGAGCAGAUUCUUCCAACCCUCGUCCGACUCUUGCAUCACGAUGAUCAUGAGGUGUUAGCAGACACGUGCUGGGCACUCUCCUAUCUGACAGAUGGUUCCAACGACAGGAUAGAAGUUGUUGUGAAAACUGGAUUGGUGCCACAGCUCGUCAAACUGCUGGGAUGUGGUGAACUGCCAAUAGUGACUCCUUCACUGAGAGCCAUAGGAAAUAUUGUUACUGGUACUGAUGAGCAGACACAAAUUGUUAUUGAUUCAGGAGCCCUAUCUGUCUUUCCAAGCCUCCUAUCUCAUCAUAAAAACAACAUUCAAAAAGAAGCUGCAUGGACAAUGUCCAACAUCACAGCUGGACGUCAGGACCAGAUUCAGCAAGUUGUGGAUCAUGGCCUUGUGCCAUAUCUCAUUGGUGUUCUGAGGAAGGGAGAUUUCAAAUCUCAAAAAGAAGCUGUGUGGGCUGUGACCAACUACACAAGCGGUGGAACAAUUGACCAGAUUGUGUAUCUUGUUCAGGCUGGUGUUGUUGAGCCUCUACUGAAUCUCCUCACUGCUAAAGACAGCAAAACUGUGCUAGUAAUUUUGGAUGCUGUUUCUAAUAUCUUCCUGGCUGCUGAGAAGAUAAACGAGACUGAGAAACUUUGCCUCAUGAUUGAGGAGUGUGGAGCUCUAGACAAAAUUGAAGCUCUUCAGUCACAUGAAAAUGAACAGGUGUACAAGGCCUCAGCCAGCCUGAUUGAGAAAUAUUUCUCAGCAGAAGAGGAGGAGGACCAGAAUGUUGUACCGGAAUCUACUGCUGCUAGUUAUACUUUCCAAAUUCAGGGCAGUACUCCCGAUACUUUCAACUUCUAGAUGCUGCACACACUGCAACCAUCUGCAAGCCACUUGGCAUAUGAAUGCUGCCACUUCUGUGUCUUAAUAGCCCCCCCCACCCCCUUUUUUUUUUUUUUGUGACCUCUAGCACUUUGUCCAACUGAAACAUACUUGAACAGUUCAAAACUGUACAUAUGUGAAUUUUUUAACUGUUAAAUUCAUUCUGACAUUCUUGUAAAUACAUCUUCUCACUUCUGUCUUCUAGCCUUUUACUGUCUCUGUCUCACACAAGAAUGCAAGUAGGUAGUAUAAGCUUCUUUUUAAAUGUAACCCCUUGCUCUGUGUAACAUAUUACAAUCAAAACACUGAGUAAGCUUUUAAGGAGGAUUCGUUUCAAGUUCAAUAAAGUGUUAACAAUACAUCAA